AGAAAAAGAAAAGAAAGGAAGCUAGCACUUUGGCUAGCAGCAGCAGCAGCAGCAGCAAAGACCGGACGUGAACUUAGCGUGUAGUUGACUCACAACUUUACUGAGAGUUGAAAACUAAACUUAGGCGGCUGCAGCUUCCCUUCAGUCAGGGGAAAUAAGGAAGAGACCAGCUGACCAAAUUCCAGUGUUUUUCGCCGGGCAAGCAAAAUGGUGCACAGAUGGUGACCCUGGAGUUCCCUGUGUGAAGACGCGUCUCAUGACUGGGUCAUGUUAUCUCUCAGAGCCAGACCUCCUCUGUCCUGACACAAUGAUUUUUGCUUCCCGGAGCUUGACUCUCUACCUCAACAUCCACGGCUAGUUUUCUACCUCAACAAAUACAGUACGCACACAGAAGCACGUAGCUGUUAUCAGCCAGCUCAGAAACACCAACAGACCCUUCACUUUAACACCAGGCUCUCAGGCGCCAGUCAUCUAGCCACGUCGUAACAAAGUACACUGGGAUUCUUCCUGCUUUGCUGUCAUAAUCGCUAUCAGGGGAGAAGCCACCCAAAGCAGCCAUGUUUCACAGGGGUUUGUGAUGUCCGAAACCUGCGACGGACAAGGAUCAGGACCUGGACUAAGGGAAGGACAAGGGCGGGGUGACGUAGAUGUUCCUAGGUUUGUGGUUGGCUGUGGGGAUGACGAGCAGGACAUGGGCCAAAUGGAGACAGGCAUGAGGAAUGAGAUGUAUCGAGAAGAAGAAAUGGAGGGCGAUGAAUCGCCAACAGAGCGUCAGAUUGUGGUCGGCAUAUGUGCCAUGAUGAAGAAGUCCAAAUCCAAGCCCAUGACUCAGAUCCUUGAGCGCCUUUGUAUGUUUGACUACAUCAGUAUGGUCAUCUUUCCAGAGGAGGUGAUCCUAGAGGAACCUGUAGAGAAAUGGCCCCUCUGCGACUGCCUCAUUUCCUUCCACUCCAAAGGUUUCCCUCUGGACAAAGCUGUGGAGUAUGCCAAGCUCAGGAAUCCACUGCUCAUCAAUGACCUCAACAUGCAGUAUUUCAUACAGGACAGGAGGGAAGUGUACCGGAUCUUACAGGAAGAAGGCAUUGACCUGCCUCGUUAUGCUGUGUUAAACCGAGACCCCGACAAUCCUGAGGAGUGUAACCUGGUGGAAGCGGAGGACCAUGUUGAGGUAAACGGAGAGGUGUUCCCUAAACCCUUCGUGGAGAAACCUGUGUGUGCCGAGGACCACAAUGUGUACAUCUAUUACCCAACGUCUGCUGGAGGGGGCAGCCAGAGACUCUUCAGAAAGAUAGGGAGUCGUAGCAGUGUGUACUCCCCAGAAAGCAGCGUACGAAAGACUGGGUCCUACAUCUACGAGGAGUUCAUGCCCACAGAUGGUACUGAUGUCAAGGUUUACACAGUGGGUCCAGACUACGCCCACGCGGAGGCCCGAAAAUCACCUGCGCUGGACGGAAAGGUAGAGAGGGACAGUGAGGGGAAAGAGAUCCGCUACCCUGUCAUGCUGACCGCAAUGGAGAAACUGGUGGCCCGCAAGGUCUGCCUGGCCUUUAAGCAAACCGUGUGUGGGUUUGACCUGCUCAGAGCCAACGGCCACUCAUACGUCUGUGACGUUAACGGCUUCAGCUUUGUCAAAAACUCCAUGAAGUACUACGACGACUGUGCCAAAGUCCUGGGCAACAUGGUCAUGAGGGAGUUGGCCCCCCAGUUCCACAUCCCCUGGUCCAUCCCCAUGGAAGCUGAAGACAUCCCAAUCGUCCCAACAACCUCAGGAACAAUGAUGGAGCUGCGCUGUGUUAUUGCCAUUAUCCGCCAUGGAGAUCGCACACCAAAGCAAAAAAUGAAAAUGGAGGUCCGACAUCCUCUAUUCUUUGAGUUAUUUGAGAAGUAUGGAGGCUACAAGUCAGGGAAACUGAAACUGAAGAAGCCAAAACAGCUACAAGAAGUGCUGGAUAUUGCCCGUCUGCUGCUGGUUGAACUGGUCGAGCACAACGACUGUGAGAUUGAGGAGAAGAAAUCUAAACUAGAACAACUCAAGACAGUCUUGGAGAUGGAAUCCAGCUUGAAUGACACUCAGUACGGUCAUUUUUCUGGCAUCAACAGGAAAGUUCAGCUGACUUACCUGCGUAACGGCCAACCUAAAGCAUCCAGCGAAGAAGAAGAUUCUAAGAAGGACAGCCCAUCUCUGCUGCUGGUGUUGAAGUGGGGCGGGGAGCUGACGCCUGCAGGCCGCGUUCAGGCUGAGGAGCUGGGAAGGGCCUUUCGCUGCAUGUACCCUGGAGGUCAAGCCGGUAACCGCCGGUCCCCUGGAUGUGAGUCCCCCGACUUUGGUGACUAUGCUGGCUUCCCAGGCUGUGGCCUCCUGCGCUUGCACAGCACUUACCGCCACGACCUGAAGAUCUACGCCUCCGACGAAGGCAGGGUGCAGAUGACAGCCGCUGCUUUUGCCAAGGGUCUGCUGGCUCUAGAAGGGGAGUUGACUCCAAUCCUGGUUCAGAUGGUGAAGAGUGCCAACAUGAACGGACUGCUGGACAGCGACAGCGACUCUCUGACUGACUGCCAACAGAAGGUGAAGGCAAGGCUUCAUGAAAUCAUGCAGAAGGGCCAGGAGUUUACACAGGACGACUAUCAGAAGUUGGCACCAACUGGCAGCCCAUCACUGGUGAACUCAAUGAAGGUCAUACAGGAUCCAGUCAAAACCUGUGAUAAGGUGUACGCCCUCAUCCAGAGUCUCAAUUCACAGAUCCGCAAGAGACUGGAAGACCCAAAGUCUGCAGACCUUCAGCUUUACCACAGCGAGACAUUGGAGCUGAUGCUGCAGCGCUGGUCCAAACUGGAGAGAGACUUUCGCAUGAAGAACGGGCGCUACGACAUCAGCAAGAUUCCGGACAUCUACGAUUGUAUCAAAUACGACUCGCAGCACAACGCCUCACUUGGACUCGAGGACACACUGGAGCUGUUCAGACUGUCCCGUGCCCUGGCUGACAUAGUCAUACCACAGGAGUACGGCAUCACCAAAGACGAGAAACUGGACAUCGCUCAGGCUUACUGUGUUCCUUUGAUGAAAAAAAUCCAGCUGGACCUGCAGAGGACGCAUGAGGACGAGGCUGUUAACAAGCUGCACCCUCUGUAUUCUCGUGGCGUAAUGUCUCCUGGCCGCCAUGUCCGCACACGGCUCUACUUCACCAGUGAGAGCCAUGUCCACUCCCUGCUCAGCGUCUUCCGAUAUGGAGGACUGCUGGAUGAUGAGAAGGACCAGCAGUGGAAACAGGCCAUGGACUACCUGAGUGCUGUGACUGAACUCAACUACAUGACACAGAUAGUCAUUAUGCUGUAUGAAGACAACAAUAAGGAGCCCUCCUCAGAAGAGCGUUUCCAUGUUGAGCUUCACUUCAGUCCAGGAGUCAAAGGGUGUGAAGAUGAGGAGAAUGUACCUCUUGGCUUCGGCUUCCGCCCAGCCUCCUCAGAGAAUCAAGACAAAAAGACUAAUCAAGGAAGUCUGGAAGACCUUUCCCAGGACCAGCCAGACCAGGCACUUCCCCUCUCUGAGCCAAUCAACAUCCAACGAAGGUCCCCCAUGAUCCGCAACCGCAAGACAGGCUCAAUGGAGGUCCUUUCCGAAACCUCUCCGGCCCAGUCCUCCAAAGGCUCCACAUCUCACCGACUCUUCCCCUCAUGUUCGCACCAAUCUCCUGAGAUCAAACCAGCCAGUGGCCUAGGGUCGCUCUGCUCUGGCCUCUUCAGUGCCUCUGCCCUUGGGGUGUCCUGUAGUGCCCCCAACCUGCGAGACUACGUACGCACACACCACCACCUCCACCGAAAACCACCUCUGUCCCCUGGCAGUCUGCCGUGCCAGAUUAGCAUGUUUGAGCUGUUCUCUAUGCCACCAGUAAAGAGAUUUUCUGUGUCGUUUGCCAGGCAUCCGACUAAUGAGCCCUCAGACGAGCUCCAUGUAGUCCAGCUGCUGGGGGGGCUUCCCGCUGAGCCAGCCCUGCUGGGGUUUGCCCCUCUGGCUGUGGACGGGGCCAUUGCCCACCACCUGUGCCACUGUCCCUACCACCUCCCCCUCCUCAAGAGCUGGCUGAUGUCUGGUCAGGAGCUCCCAGAAUCCCUCCACGGGUUUGAAGGCUGCUCCAUGGUGCCCUCUAUCUACCCACUGGAGACACUGCACAACUCGCUCUCACUGAAACAGGUGGACGAAUUCCUCAACACGGUGUGUGCGAACAGCAGCGAUGCCCACACCAAAACCAUGAAAGCACUGUCCAGCCUGUUUGACUCUCAGAGCCAGACAUCUCUCUACAGCCCUCAGCAGCCUCUGUCCUCCUCUGGAUCGGAAGCAUCUCUUCAGCCACCAAGCCAGCCUCUAUGGCAUGGCAGUAUCCCCUCCAGUGCUGUAUCCAGUGCAGGCCCCUCCUCCCCAAUCACAGAGAGCUCCGGCCUGAACUUCAGCUUUAGUGAGUAGAGACUGUCUGGAAAAAACAUGAGGACUUAUGGGUGUCUAAGGGCACGAUCUGAAGACCUUGGUUUGUCCGACUCUCCAGACUUCUUUUCAUCUUGUGCUCUGUCCUGCUCACAUUCACCACUCUACCUUGUGUAUUACAAACACUCAGACUGUAAAUAUAACCACUCAAACUGUACAUGGACUCUUCAGCUGGGCACAUAUGAUCACCACACCUUUCCUGCUCAGUGAAUGAGAGAAAACACUGGACCUUCAACAGUUUAACCUCAAACCUUCUCUUCGCUUUGUCGAUUCAUGAGACCAGCUUCGACUGUGUAGCAGAGCGGUAAGCCGGCAGUCAGAGCAGUUGUGCCUUUAGUCAAAUUACAAUGCUGCCUGCACUUAAACAACGUUGUGCCUGUUUGAUUUUGUUUUUACCUUAGCCCACAGGCUGUUUUGCAAAAUUCUCACACGCCAGCUGCAUCAUCUCUGACCUUAGACGUGUACCACUGACAUGCAUUACAGACUGUGAGUCAAAGUGUUAACCGUAUAUAAGCCCAUUUUUUCUUCUUCUCUACUGGUCUGCUGCAACCAAUGUGGCUAGCCAUUCCCAUCCCACCUUGAAACAAAACAGGCUGUUGUUUUUGAAAUCCAGG